AUGCUGUCCAUUACUGGGUCUUACAUCUUGACGGAGAGAGUAGUUUUCCCGAGGGACAUGCAAGGUGCUGCUGCUGCGGUGGUGGGCUGGGGCCGAAGCUCGGCGAAGAAAGCAAUCCAUUCAUCUUCAGUUCUGCCGGAUAUUCUGAAACGCUUCCUUCACUGUCCUCCUCUCGGGCUCACAGAUGUUGACCUCCCUGAUUUUUGGACUCCCACUGGUGGUGGUUGUACCCACACAUCUACCACCAGGCGUUCGAAAAGAGACUCCCACGCUUUCGUCCGCAUCAAGACCAGAGCUUGUGAUGAAGUUGGAAUUGCAUCGUUCGUGACACAACUCCCUCCAGAAUGCACCGAAGGUGAACUUUCAGAAGCUGUUUCAUGCUUUAAUGAGAACCCAUCACCAUUGUUCAUCCCUUGUGUCCCCAACGCUUGUAUUGAGUUGCUGCUUAGGUCUGGUGUCGAACUCAUCGGCAAGAAAGCAGCGGUAAUUGGCAGAAGCAAGAUUGCCGGAUUGCCCACUUCCUUGCCGUUGCAGAGACACCACGAGACAGUCAGCUUGGUCCAUUCAUACACGAAGAACCCAGAAGAACUGCCUUGUGGAGCCGUUAUUCUGGUUUUGGAUGUAGGAGUUCCCAACUUGAUUCAAUGCCACUGGCUGAAACCAGGUGCAGUUGUGAUCGACAUGGGAACCAAUUCAGUUAAGGAUCCCAAUAGCUUGCAUGGUUACCGCAUGGUCGGAGACGUUUGCUAUGAAGAAGCAAUCAAAAAGGCAUCGGUAUUACCCCCGUGCCUGGAGGUGUUGGACCUGUCACCCUCUCCAUGCUCCUCUCCAACAUUCUUGAUUCCGCCAAGCGUGCUUAUCAAUUUACAAGUCCUCCAUCAAUGUCAAGUCAAUCAUGAAAUGAGAACAAAGCACCAUGACUAGCCGCUAAUCAGCUUCCGAG